UGAUGUGGUACACAUACAAUUGACAGUGAAAAAUAAACGAACAGUUGUCAACAUGGCGUCUGCUAAGGUUCCUCUCCUGACUGAUACAGAUGACACAAUAGGAUUUGGCGAAGAGGAUAAUAUAAAUUCUUCGUCUUACAGGCAUCCCUAUGUAAUAUUUUUUCAUUUAUUAUUUCGGAGUGUGGCUUUAAUAACAUACCUAUUUGGAACAUUUGUUAGCAAUAGUUUUAUUGCAAUAUUUGUCACUCUUAUACUACUAUUGUCAAUGGACUUUUGGACGGUUAAAAAUAUUACAGGUCGUCUCCUUGUAGGUUUGAGGUGGUGGAACUAUGUAGAUGAUAAUGGAAAGUCCCAUUGGGUGUAUGAGUCAAGAAAGGGUACCCAGAGCCGAGUCCACCCAAGAGAAGCCCGUGUGUUUUGGUUUGGUCUUACAGUAUUUCCUGUACUGUGGGCCAUAUUCUUGAUAUUUGGUGCACUAGGGCUGAGCUUCAAAUGGAUGCUGGUUACAACUAUUGCUUUAUUGCUACAUGGAGCUAAUCUUUACGGCUAUAUUAAGUGCCGAUUUGGCUCAGAGAAAAGUAUGUCUACAAAUGUGACAGAUUUCUUUAGGAAACAAGUUAUUCAGAAUGUUGCAAAUAUAAUGACCAAACCUACCCAACCUUCUGCUAAUGCUGCAAGUGCUACUGGUGUAGUCUAAUAAAUAUUUUCAUUUGUUAUGUAAAAUUUACUGAUAUUGUGAUGUUAACCUAUGAUCUAGAGUUUCUUAAAGAAAUUACAUUUGAGACUGAUGACCAUCUUGAGGAUGCAGAAAAUGCUUUUUUUUUUUCGUGUCUGUAGAAAGUCAAGGAAAUAUCCUAGAAAUUGAACUUCCACCAUUCCUGUUAGCUCUACAAAAUGUAUUAUAUAUCUUCUUUAUUACUGUCCAUACCAAAUUGAUAAGAAAUACGGUAUUACUAGCUUAAAAUAAAGACCGAUGCUUAUGUUUCUCUUUUAUAUUUUAACUGUUAAGUUGUAAAAUUAGCAAAUAUCAGUAGUCAUUUGCAUAUUUGGGCUAUUUUCUCUAGACCUAAAUCACUUAACUGCAAACUGUUCUGUAAACGAUUCAAAUAGGAAAUAAAACGACUCUUGCCGAAAAUCGAAA